CCAUUUUACUCCUUUUCUCCUUCCUCUCGUUCCAGUUCCACCGCAUCCUGUCAAUCACAACACAUCAGUUUCCAUCUCCUUGACAUACCCAUUGUUCCAAUAACUUUAAGUGUACUGAGUAUUGUAAUCAUCACAGUUUCCCAAAAUGGGCUGGUCAUUCGGACGAAAGAAGAACAAGGAGGCCGCUGCCGCCGAGAACCCCUAUGCCCAGCAACCAUCGGCCGAUCCGUAUGCCAACCAGCACGCGAGCCCUGCUCAGUCUCAAUCUACUCUAUCCAGCACCGCUAGCAGUGGUCCGUCCCCGUACCAGAACCAACAAGCUCCUCCUCCUUACUCCGCCGGAGGUCCGGUUCAGCAGCCGCCUGCUGCGGGUAGAUACACGAACGAGAGAUUCGGCACCACGGAUAAAUAUGGUGAUAACCGAUACGAUACCCCUUCCAGCAGCCACCAGAACCCUUAUGCGCCCUCAACCAGCUCCAACUACAACUCGGGCGUUUCUGCUCAACCGUCUUCCAACAAGCAGCAGUACCCGGUUACAUAUGGCGACAACAAGCAGCCCGGACAGAUUCCUCCUGAUGGAUAUGAGCCGUCCCCCCAGGAACUGUAUGGCAACAAGUAUGGUGUGCCACAGGAGGAGCUCACGGAGGAGCAGAAGGAGGAUGUGGAGUUCACUGAUGUCCGAAACGAGAUUGUGAAUGAGCAAAAUGCCACCAUCAACACUUUGGAUCGGACCAUGGACACGAGUUAUGCUGCUCUGGCGAACAUGCGCAAUGCACGACAACAGCUGAGGGAGCAAAACGAGAGGUUGCUGUAUGCCAAGGGAAACAUUGACCACGGAACCGCCCAAGCCCGUCAGGCCAAGGAAAGGGUCAAGGAACUUGAAAGAGUUAAUCGCUCCAUGUUCCUGCCUGUCGGCCACAGCAAGAAGACGCUUGACAGGAUGGAUAGGGACCGCCUUCAAGCCGAACUUGAGGAGAAGGAAAUCCGCGAGCAGAACGCGCGCGAGCUCUACAAGAACCGUUCACAGGCGCAGAUGGCCAACAUGAAGCCUAAGAAGCUGGGACUUGGCGGCGGCGCUGACAACAAGAAGAAGUACGCGCUGGAGGAUGAUGAGGAGAUGGACCACAACGAGAACGCCAUCAACACCAAGAUUGCGCUGAUGGAGCAAGUUGCCGAGGAGCUCAAGGACGGUGCCCUGGAUAUUGGCGCGGGUCUGGAUCUCAGUAAUAGGUAUAUUGAGACCAUGACUGAGAACACCGAUAGACUCAACAUCGAGGUUCGCAGGAACAAGAUGGCGCUCGAAAGAUUUUAAACAAGAUGGUUUGGCAGGUCGGUACGGUUGGAUGGUUUGGAAUGGCCGGAGUUUGUUGGUCUUAGGUUUUGCUGCGAACAUGUGGUACACGCUUUCUUCAAUGUUGAUGUUGACAUUGUGGGUUUAAGAAAUGUUUAUCAAACAAGAACAUUUCUGCGGUGAGUCCGGUGUAGGGUCCCUCCUCAAAUGAUGGGUUCGGGAAACAUGUUAGAACGCACGACGUUGCAAUGAUUCAGUAAAUAUCUACUAUGGUAAUCAACUAAGUCAUGUAC